CACCGGAACCGUUUGAUCUGCCUCCUCGUGUUAAAGACAUCGCUUACACCCUCUAUUAAACAAACAAUAUAACAAAUAUAGAUCAUAUAUACGUUACACGGAAGGUUACCGUUAAGAAACUUUAUUUAAUGAGUUAAUUGCUGUUGCCCUUAGCGACAAGGCAGCUUAAUCCGUAUCGGCUUCAAUGCGCACGUAUUAACUUGUAAUCUAUUACAUCAUUACUGGUAUAUUAUUUUAACACGUUACAUCUUAUCAACACUGUCCCGCUACUGUUUACAUAUUUGUUUUGUGUUGUUUAAUAUUUAAUAACAGCUAUCUUUAACUUGCUUUUGACACGCGUUGUGUCGAGGGCCCGUGGUGCUAGCGGCUUCGCCGGCUGAGACGCCACCUCGUCGGUUGGCGCUUGUAGGCCGCACCGCUCCAACAGCCGAUCUCUCGGUCACGCAAACUCCCUUCGUACACCUUCUAUUUACAUUUCAACGACUUUAUUCAUCACGCACGACAAAGAGGCCACGAUGUCGGCCUCCAAGCAAUUCAGACGGCGACGGGACGACGACGAGGAGGACGAGACGGCUGAGGAGAUGCGGGAGAAGCUGGAGGAGAUGAGAGAAAUGCAGAAGAUUCGUCAGCGGCCACACGGUGUCAGCGCGGUGGCACUGUCGGUGGGGAAGAAGCUCACCAACGAGGAGGAGACCAUGAGCGACCCGUUCAAGAUGGACACAGGCGGCAUGGUGGACAUGAAACGGAUCAAGGAUCGCAAUCGCGACCGGAGCGGCGAGGAUGAGGAUAAAGACCUCACGAACCUCGGAACGGCCUUCUCGGCUGAGACAAACCGGCGCGACGAGGACGCAGACAUGAUGAAGUACAUCGAGACGGAGCUGCGCAAGCGCAAGGGCGUGGAGGAGAGCGAGGAGAUGGCGGCGCGGCAACGCAGCGCGGAGGACGCCCUCUACGAGCUGCCCGAGAACCUGCGCGUCAACUCGGCCAAGCGCACCGAGGAGAUGCUCUCCAAUCAGAUGCUGAGCGGCAUCCCGGAGGUGGACCUGGGCAUCGACGCUAAGAUCCGCAACAUCGAGAUGACGGAGGAGGCGAAGCAGCUGCUGCUGGCCGAGCGGCGCCGCCACCGCCAGCAGAACAACACCUCCUUCGUGCCCACCAACAUGGCCGUCAACUAUGUGCAGCACAACCGAUUCUCCCACGAGCAGCUGGGCCACGGGUCUCGACGGGGCUAUCACCGCGAGGAGAGCAAACCUCGUGCCAGCAAGGCCCAGCAACACCCCGACAAGAAGGAGGGUGACCACCGCCCUGGGUUCAAGCGACCCAAUGCCGACAAAGCGACGGACGACUUCCACUACGAGAAGUUCCGCAAGAUGAACCGGCGCUACUGAGGGGGGGGGGG